AUGCUUGCCCAGCCGAUCUCCCUCUCCGCCCCGGAAAAAACCGAGGGACACAUGUUGUCUGGAUCAUCGCAUAGUGUGUCAGUCGACCCCAUCACUCUUGUCAUCAAUGAGUGCAUGGUGAUUUCGCUGGCGAUGCGCAAAAUGAGCAGAUGGAAUCAAAGCGGCGUAGCAGCGAUUCUUGGCGCAGGCGAUCUUUUCGCCGGCGACGACAGUUUGACAGUGGCGUCUUCUGGCGCACGGGCUAACGGCGGCUCGUUGGCUCCCAACAGCAAUCCGCUCCACUCGAGUUUCUUGCAAUUGCGGGCGAUUUUGACGGAAACAACAGACAUUUUCGCUGUGGACAGCUUGACGGUGUUGCAGCCAUUUUUGUUGGCUAUAGAGUCCAGCACGACGUCAGGGAAAGUCACAGCGUUGGCCUUGGGUGCCAUCACAAAGUUUUUGGACUACGGCAUUGUUUCUCUGCGCCUGAAAAACUUGCAAGGUCUGCUUAUACAGUUGGCGUCAUCCUUGACGCACUGCCGCUUUGAGGCAUCUGACCAGGGCUCCGACGACUCCGUCUUGUUGAAAGUCUUGCGCCUUUUGGAGCGCAUCAUCGAUCUGGAUAUCUCAGCUCUUUUGCCCAACCAGGUGGUUUCCGAAGUCAUCCAAACCUGCUUGUCGCUUGCAUGCAACAAGCGCCGGAGCGAAGUGCUAAGACGCGCCGCUGAGAUGGCAAUGGUAUCCAUGACCGUGCGUAUUUUCUUGCGCCUAAAGGAACUUGAACCUGACCAUCUGAGAACCGAAGAUGUGCCCACAAACUAUGCAGAGUUGCCGGACGAUGUCAUUGGAGGCACGUCCCCUGCGUUUAAAGAGCAAAGUAGCGAGCCGGAGCAAACAGAAUUGUCGCCACGUAAGCACUCGGACAAGCCAGAGAGCCAGUUUGACAUUGAGUGUAUCACCGAGUUCUUGGGCAUUCUAAUAUCUAUGAUCUCUCCCUCAAACCAGUAUCAGCAUAUGGAGUCCACGCGUGUUUUUGCCUUGUCUUUGAUACACACGGCUAUCGAAGUUGCUGGCGUUGAUAUUCCCAAGCACCCUUCUUUGAUGGGAUUAGUGGCCGAUCCCGUAUCGAAAGAUGUAUUGCAAAUCAUCACCACAACUGACUCGCCUGCGCUAUUGCUGGAAGCACUUCGUCUUUUUUGCACCAUGGCUAUCAUCCUCAACAAACACCUCAGCUCACAGAUCGAAUUGACCCUCAACUUGCUCUUCCGCUCGAUUUUACCACCCGAAUCUAAGAACGAUGAGUCCAUCAAGGGCAACAGAACAGAGGUUUCAACGCGGAUUGCAUCAUCCAAGGAAGCUAUUGUAGAGUCGCUUUCUUUGUUGUGGACAAGGUCUCCGCAAUUCUUUUCCCAACUCUUUGUUGAGUUUGAUUGCGACUUUGAAAAGACCGACUUGGCCACUUCGUUUGUCCAUUUCUUGUGCAAGCUUGCUUUGCCUGAAUCUGCCCUAGUUGCUACUGACAAUGUUCCACCAAUUUGUCUCGAAGGUGUUCUUUCCUUGAUUGCAGGAAUUAAUGAUCGUGCUAAAUUUGCUUCCAAAAAAACUGCUAACGACACUUUACACCACCUCAUCACAGACAAGGAAAAGAAGAAGUCUUUUAUUAAGUGCACAGAAAUAUUCAACGAGAGUCCCAAGAAAGGUGUUGCUGCCCUUGCUGAAAAGAAGUUUAUCAGCGAUCCUAAUGAUGUACAUGAAUUAGCUGAGUUCUUCUUUAAUAAGUCUGCAAGAUUGAACAAGAAGGUUUUGGGCGAGUAUUUGGCUAAACCUUCCAAUAUGGAUCUUCUCAAAGAAUUCAUGCACUUAUUCAAGUUUGCUGGCCUCAGAGUUGACGAGGCAUUGAGAUUACUACUCAAAGCUUUCAGAUUACCGGGGGAAUCGCAGCAGAUUGAAAGAAUCGUCGAGUUGUUUGCGGACGAUUAUGUUGAAUGUAUCUCCGACGAAUCGGCUUUGCCAGCUACUGAACCAGGGCAAGAACCUGUAAGGCCAGAUCGUGAUGCAGUUUUCGUUCUUUCCUACUCUAUUAUCAUGCUUAAUACAGAUUUGCAUAAUCCAAAAGUGAAGCAACAGAUGGAUUUGGAAGCUUACAAGAGGAACUUGAAAGGUGUUUAUGGCGGAAAAGAUUUCCCAGAAUGGUACUUGGCUAAAAUAUAUCAAUCCAUUAAGGAUAGAGAAAUCAUCAUGCCCGAAGAACACCACGGCACCGAAAAAUGGUUUGACGAUGUGUGGCACAAUCUCAUAUCCUCGCAGUCUAAGGUUGCCCACAGCAAUCAAGUCUCUGUGGCCACUUUUGACAUGGCCACUUGGUGCCAGUUUGACAAGUUGUUAUUUGAGACCAUUGUCGAUGAGACCAUUGACACUUUGAUCAAGAUUUUCAGAGAGGCGUCUGAUGAUAACAUUAUAACAAAAUUGAUGUCUUCUGUGGACAAAUGUGCAAACAUUUGUAUUCUUUAUGGGUUGACGGAAUCAGUGGAUAAAUUGAUCACUACAUUGUCGGAAAUGACCACUCUUACCAGUACAGAACACCUCAGUAUUGUUCCCGAUGAGAAUGUGCGUGUGGAGAUUCCCAUCACGCAAAUCAAAUUGGAAAAGAAGAACGAGACCAUCACCGUUAGUGAGGUUGCUGUUCAUUUUGGAAGAGACUUCAAAGCACAAUUGGCAACUGUUGUUCUCUUCAGACUCAUCAAGAAAUCUGAUUGUGAAGUAACAGAUUCAUGGCAUUCAGUGAUGAGAAUACUAAUGACUUUGUUCGAAAACUGCUUGAUAAGCCCCAAUAUCUUCAGCGAGUUUCAAAAGAAGCUUAGAUUACAAAGCUUGCCUCGGGUGCGGCCACAAUAUGUGAUCCAACGCAUGAAGCCAUUGAAAGAGUCCGGUCUUUUAUCUACUUUUUCAUCAUUUUUGAAAGGCUACAAUGACGAACCUCCCGAACCAACAGACCAGGAGAUUGAAGCAACUCUUUCGACUACCGAUUGCGUCAAAUCAGUGAAUGUUUCUGGUAUUUUCGACAAUGUUUCAAGAAGUUCUCCGUCACAAUUGAGGAAGUUUAUCAACAUUGUUUUCGAAUGUUUCCCGGAGUAUACAGACGAGAGCAAGAGAUACUUUGAAACUGAAUUGAUGUUCUUGUUUGAGAUCCAAGUAUGUUUCUCUUUGAUCAUCGACGAUACAGAAGUGACUAAUCAAGUAAUCGACAAGUUGUUCCAUUACUUAUCAAGCGACCACUUCACAAAGAAGGGUUACAUUCGUCUUUGCACUUAUUUAUUUUUGCUUGCAAGACAAAGCGACGGUUCAUGCAAGGAUGCUGUUUUGAAGAGCAUCAACCAUUUGGCAACUUUUGAUAGAGAAGUGAUCAGCAAGCACGGUGCUUCGUUGAUCCGCACAAUGUUUUCUUUGAUUGACCAUGACUCAAGUUUGAAAGAACUAGUCCUCGAGGACUCAUACUGGCAAUUGUUGCGAGUAUUGGGAUCAGUACCUGAUUACGCAGAAGAUAUUUUAGAUCUUGUCGAAUCGAUUAUCAAGCACUCGCCAGAAGAGAUUACAGAUCAAAAUUUUAUUUCGUUUUUGGGAUUACUAGAUGAAAUCUCAUCUCUUGGUGCGGUUGGAGCUCAACUAGAGCAAACUAAAGAACACCCCUCUCCAGGACGCCAAAACCAAGCACAGGAAGAUGAAGAGAUAAUGAAUAUGGUUAAUUUGUCGAAGAAGUCUGUGGAAUUGACUGGGGAAUUAGGCGCUGUUCGCAAUAAACUGUCAUAUCCAUUUAUUCAAGCGUUGGCUCAUCAAUGUUUCAAUCCUUGCAGAAAAGUGAGAGCUCAUGCAAUUAAAAUAUUGCAAGCUUCGUUGUUAUCGAGCACUUUCAGUGAAGAAUACUCAGCAUCAGGUGUUUACGAGUACGGAUUAUUCCCGUUGAUGGCAGAGUUGGUGAAGGAUGAUGUUUUCCAUACAGACUUGAAUGGGUUUUCAGAGACGCACGUUCAAAUCCUCAGCUUGCUCAGUAAGGUGUUUUUACAAUACCACUCGUCAAUCAGUGACGUCGACAAGCGCAAAGUAUGGUUCGGCAUUGUGGACAAUUUCGUGACCGUCAACCAGAUGAAUGCAAAAUUCCAAAAGGAAGAAGUGCGCGAGCCCAGCGAAGAGGUGAUGAAGAACAUGAUUUUGGUUUUGCAGAACGACUUUCUCAACCAAGAGAAUUCAGACGUGUGGGAGCAGACCUGGCGUCGACUCGAGCCCAUUUACCCGGGGAUGAAAGAGGCAUUGGUGGUCUAA